AUGGGUGGGGAAAUUAUGUACCGGUUAGUCCAGCAUACCAGGCCAGCUGUCAGCAGCACCGCGGACAGCAGCUCGGGUCGCUCGCUCCGCAUCGCCUCUCACAGCGGACACGCAGCGUUAGGACAGCGCAUCACACAAUUAUUUUGUUCUUGCAGGAAAUAAGGUGUGAAAUGACAUGCCUUUUGCCUGGAUGAGCUGGAAACCCCGGUCCAUGGAAAGAAGGUGAAUAUCUCUGCGUGAUAAAGGUAGCUUCAAUGAAGCAAAGCAGCUCUAACCGUGUAGCUGAUACGCGCAGACGCAAACGGAGCGUCGGACCAGUGACCGUGUGCAUUCCGCCGCAGUGAGCAUGAACCUCGCACCCGGGAUUUUCCACCUCUGAACAGUGUCCCCGGUGCUUUUCCUGAUCCCAUACAGCAAUACCUGAUUAGGAUUUCGGGUUCUUUCCACCAUGCGCUUCUUUGUGCUCUUGAUUCUGCUCUCCUGCUCCUGCGCUCCGGGUGGCUGCGAGAUGAAAAUCGUGAACAUCGGCGCGGUGCUGAGCCAAAAGCGGUACGAGCAGGUGUUUAAGGAUGCGGUGAACCAGGCAAGCGUGGUGUACGGCAGAGACAGGUUUAAACUCAACGCCAUCUCCGUCACGCACAAAGCCAACGCUAUUCAGAUGGCGCUGUCUGUGUGUGAGGACCUCAUCUCCAACCAGGUCUAUGCGAUUUUGGUGAGCCACCCUCCACAGUCCAGCGACCACCUCACACCUACACCGGUGUCCUACACCGCAGGCUUCUACCGUAUCCCUGUGGUCGGCCUCACCACCAGGAUGUCCAUCUACUCCGAUAAGAGCAUCCAUCUUUCCUUCCUGCGCACCGUGCCACCUUACUCGCACCAGGCGCACGUGUGGUUCGACAUGAUGCGUGAGUUCCGCUGGAACCACAUCAUCCUGAUCGUCAGCGACGACCACGAAGGUCGAGCCGCCCAGAAGAGACUGGAGACCCUUCUGGAGGAGAGGGAGACCAAGAAUAAAAAAAGGAACUAUGAAAACCUCGACCAACUGUCCUAUGACAACAAGCGAGGACCUAAGGCAGAGAAAGUCCUCCAGUUCAACCAAGAGACUAACUUAACUGCCCUGCUGCUGGAGGCCAAGGAGCUGGAGGCUCGCGUGAUCAUUCUGUCCGCCAGUGAGGACGACGCUGCUGCCGUGUACAAGACGGCCCGGUUUCUCAACAUGACCGGCUCUGGCUAUGUGUGGCUAGUCGGAGAGCGGGAGAUGUCUGGUAAAGCUCUGAGUGAAGCUCCUGACGGACUGAUUGGCCUUCAGCUCAUUAACGGCAAGAACGAGUCGGCUCACAUCAGCGACGCGGUGGCGGUCGUGGCCCAGUCCAUUCAGGAGCUUUUUGAGAAGGAGAACAUUACUGAGCCGCCUCGGGGUUGUGUGGGCAACACCAACAUCUGGAAAACUGGGCCACUCUUUAAAAGGGUUCUGAUGUCAUCCAAAUACCCAGAAGGCCUGACAGGACGAGUGGAGUUUAAUGAUGAUGGGGACAGGAAGUACGCUCAUUACAGCAUCCUUAACUAUCAGAAGAGCAGACUCAUUCAAGUCGGCAUUUAUAAUGGAACUCAGGUGCUGCUAAAUAAGCAGAGAAAGAUCAUCUGGCCUGGAGGAGAUACAGACAGACCGAAAGGUUUCCAGAUGUCCACAUGGCUGAAAAUAGUCACGAUACAUCAGGAGCCUUUUGUGUACGUGAAGCCGACCAUGCUGGACGGGACCUGCAAGGAAGAAUACACACCAAACGGAGUCUUAAUUAAAAAGGUGAUCUGCACUGGACCAAAUGAGACCAUUCCAGGACGUCCAAUAGUGCCUCAGUGCUGUUAUGGAUUCUGCAUUGACUUACUGAUCAAGCUGGCCAUGACUAUGAACUUUACUUAUGAGGUCCAUCUGGUGGCUGAUGGGAAAUUUGGCACGCAGGAGAGAGUGAACAAUAGCAACAAGAAGGAGUGGAACGGCAUGAUGGGAGAGCUCCUGGGUGGCCUUGCGGACAUGAUCGUGGCUCCGCUAACAAUAAACAAUGAACGAGCUCAGUAUAUUGAAUUCUCCAAACCGUUUAAAUAUCAAGGGCUCACUAUCCUCGUAAAAAAGGAAAUCCCUCGUAGCACACUGGACUCGUUCAUGCAGCCGUUCCAGAGCACGCUGUGGCUGCUGGUGGGUUUGUCGGUGCAUGUGGUGGCGGUGAUGCUUUACCUACUAGACCGGUUCAGCCCAUUUGGAAGGUUUAAAGUAAACAGUGAAGAAGAAGAAGAAGAUGCCCUCACCUUGUCCUCGGCUAUGUGGUUCUCCUGGGGAGUGUUGCUGAACUCUGGAAUUGGAGAAGGUGCCCCGCGUAGCUUCUCAGCGAGAAUCCUAGGCAUGGUGUGGGCCGGCUUUGCUAUGAUCAUUGUAGCAUCCUACACUGCCAAUCUGGCUGCCUUCUUAGUGUUGGACCGGCCUGAGGAGCGCAUCACCGGCAUCAAUGACCCGAGGUUGAGGAACCCAUCAGACAAGUUUAUCUACGCCACGGUGAAGCAGAGUUCAGUGGAUAUCUACUUCCGACGUCAGGUCGAGCUGAGCACCAUGUAUCGCCACAUGGAGAAGCACAACUAUGAGAGCGCCGCUGAGGCCAUACAGGCUGUCCGGGACAACAAGCUGCAUGCUUUCAUCUGGGACUCUGCGGUGCUGGAGUUUGAAGCCUCGCAGAAGUGCGACCUGGUGACCACGGGAGAGCUGUUUUUCCGUUCGGGCUUUGGCAUAGGCAUGCGCAAGGACAGCCCCUGGAAACAGAAUGUGUCCCUGGCUAUUCUCAGUUCCCAUGAGAAUGGCUUCAUGGAGGACCUGGAUAAAACCUGGGUGAGAUACCAGGAGUGUGACUCAAGGAGCAAUGCCCCAGCCACACUCACCUUUGAAAACAUGGCAGGAGUCUUUAUGCUGGUAGCUGGAGGCAUUGCAGCAGGGAUCUUCCUCAUCUUUAUUGAGAUCGCAUACAAGCGACACAAAGACGCCCGCAGGAAGCAGAUGCAGCUCGCCUUUGCGGCCGUCAACGUCUGGAGAAAGAACCUGCAGCCCUCUUCCUCUGUAGAGACUCAGGAUGAUAGGAAAAGUGGUAGAGCAGAACCCGACCCCAAAAAGAAACCCUCUUUUAGGUCCAUCAGUACCACCCUGGCCUCCAGCAUCAAGAGACGUAGGUCCUCCAAAGACACGCAGUACCCACCCACAGACAUCACGGGCCAGCUCAACCUGUCCGACCCGUCUGUCAGCACCGUGGUGUGAGAUGGAGAAAGAGGGAGCGGGGGAUUGUUCGUUUCUUAAAAACAGACAUGGGGUGGGGGGAACCAAUCGGUGUUCACAUCACCCAGGAAUUUCCCUUGUCCCGAGUCGCUUACGAGCUUCUGCACCUUUACGAGGACGACAGAGAAGAGCUGAUCUUCUACACUGAACAUUUUCGGAGAUUGGCGUGUAGCGUUGCAUCGCACUGGAUUUCUUAUCACACACACUCACAAAUAUAGUCUUUACAUUCAAACCAGGACACAUUAUACACCUUUCAUUCAACCUAGCAAUGAUUUGGUUGCACUUUUGAGUAUUUUUGUAUAGUUCGGUAAUAGUGAAUGCUCUUGCGUCCAUCAAGUGCUGUACGUAUGUAUUUGAUCUCUCGGAAAAAGAAACAAAGCAAUCGGAGUAAAUUAUUAUUCCUAUGUUUGUACAGACCUCAUACGUUCGUACUGAAUUUCAGGACGUUUCAGGACGUUAAUCUGCCUUUAACAGUAUCAGUUGCUUUCUAUACUUUAAUCGUUGUCUACUCUGUAAGUAAGAACGGCGUACGGAAGAGCAUGCGAAUACUAUCCGAGUAAAACUUUAGUUACAUUUAGUGCAUUGUCCAUAGUGUUAAUACUUGAAAUACUAUUUCUAACGAUAUAACAAUACUGUAUAUGGCACUUUACGACGAUUAUAUGACCUUAUUUUAUGACCAAGUGUUGCGGUUCUUGGUUUUCUACUCAAUACCGUUUGUAUACCUUCGAAAGCCAUGCGCUCUUUAGCAGUGAGCCAUUUGCAUGUUUCAAUGCAUGUGAAACUUCUUAGCCAUGUCCCGAAAAGAAAAGCGCGAAACCCUAUUCCGCAAUACUGACGUUUUGCAUACGAUGCGCAAAAAGAGUAUCAAUGUACAUGCCGUAUCAGGAGUGGCUUAAGAACAUUAAGAAUCUACCUAGUUAAGACUAUCUAUGUAUAUAAAAAAAAAAGAAAACCUCUUUCUCUGUCUCUCUGAUUGAAGUUCUCUCACGCUUUCUCACCUCCAGGCGCUAGAAGGGGUGCAUCAAACUGCCAGGUUUUUUCAUCCAACCAUCACUUGGUGUCUCGCGCAAAACCGUCUCUUGUGAGACCUUUUGCGAGAGGAAGUCCCAAGUGAGUUGCUUUGUAUUUGACUCUGGUGCUGCGUUUUUUGUACACACCUAUUGGUUAGAUGCAAAAAACAGGCCGUUUCCCAUGUUCUGGGGAUGAGAAACAUUUGGUCUAGAGUGACCACUGACCUCUUAUUGAGGAAUUUUGAAUGAUGUGAAACAGAAAUACGCUUGUUCGGGGCGGACAAACAAUUUGAAAUUUCUUAAAGAUGAAAAUGUGAAUUAUAUGAAAAUGUUGACUGUCAUGAUUGUAAUCAAACUUUUUGUUGUUACUUCCUAAAAUGCUAUUUUGGAUAAGAAAUCUUUGCCUUUUGGUGUGACACUUGACAAACAUAAGGACUGACCAUCAUCCUAUCAAGUCCAUCGUCUCUGACGGAUGAGUGCAUGCGUGUUUUUCUUUCGUGUUACUCUAUCUCAAGCCAUAGUUUGCGUACCUGUAACACACUAUUAUAUCUGCUUUCGGGUCUAAUGCGGCGUACCUAAAUACAGGCGGCUCUAUUUUGGUUUUUCCGGACAGCCAGCCGCUUAUAUUAUUCUGUGAAUCAUGUAGAUGAUUGACUCAUACAAAUAGACAUAAGCUUUAACAAACGUUCACACACAAACACUCCCAUUAGACCUAUUUAAAUAAGAAGCGCUUCGAGGUUUGCUGUUGAGUUGAAGCAAAACCUUCUGUUUGUAUUUAGAUUACAAUGCAAAUCUUUCUCUGUGCAAAUUAAAAUAUGUGCAGAUGACAAACAACA